AUGGGCGAGGCCUUCGCUCGGCACGAAAGGGACAUGUCGGACGCUCGAGACGCAGUUUUCGAGCUGCUGGUUGAAGAGGUCUGGAAAGUGGCGAUGAGGUCACAACACUAUCUAACAUUGCAGUACCUAGACAAGCCGUGCGAGUCAGCGUGGAUGUCGCUGUACAUGUCUGGUUACGACAGAAACUUUUUAAAUACAACCAGCUUAACGAGAACUGCGUUUUCACAGCUUCUUGUCCGGUUCUCGCGGUUCUACCGCAUUCGGCCUCCAAGCUGUCAAGGCCGGCCUCCUAAGCUACAAUACCACCACCAAGUGCUUGGCCUCGUCAUGAGCUUCUACGUGGGUUCAAUGGAGAAUAGCACGUUGUCGCUGUUGUUUGGUUUGCCGCCAGCAACCCUUGCUCGUACACUAAGAAGCGCAGAGAAGGCGUUAGCAGCUACUCUGCAAAACUACAAACACAGCAGCAAGUUCACGCCUUCGAGAGCCACCCGGCGUUCGACAGCCACUCAAACACGGAAGAUUGAAUGUCUUGAAGUCGUGUUGGCGCCAACACGACUUCAAGGCGCGAAAACAGCGCGCGUCACCUUCAAGACACCGAUCUGA